AUGGCCGUAACAAGUUUGUCUACUACUUGUGAUGGUUUGUUCAUCAUCAGCCUUCUUGUCAUCGUUUCUUCAUUGUUUGUGCCAUCAUCUGCGCAGUUAAACGCAACGUUUUACUCCGGAACUUGCCCCAACGCAUCUGCCAUCGUUCGCACCACUAUUCAACAAGCUCUUCAGUCGGACCCGAGAAUCGGAGCCAGCCUAAUCCGCCUUCACUUUCACGACUGCUUUGUUAACGGUUGCGACGGGUCGCUCUUGCUCGACGACAGUGGAAGCAUCCAGAGCGAGAAGAACGCUGUCCCAAACGUAAACUCAACCAGAGGUUUCAAUGUUGUAGAUAAUAUCAAAAUUGCCCUUGAGAAUGCUUGUCCCGGCAUUGUCUCUUGCUCUGACGUUCUAGCUCUUGCCUCGGAGGCCUCCGUGUCUUUGGCAGGAGGGCCUACAUGGACGGUGUUAUUAGGAAGAAGAGAUGGUCUCACCGCGAACCUGGCCGGGGCCAAUUCGUCUCUUCCCUCUCCUUUCGAAGGACUCAACAAUAUUACAUCUAAAUUUUCAGCUGUCGGGCUUAAUACAACUGAUGUAGUAGCCUUGUCUGGAGCACAUACGUUUGGGCGUGGUCAAUGCGUAACUUUCAACAAUAGACUAUUCAACUUCAACGGGACAGGAAACCCCGACCCGACUUUGAACUCAACGCUUCUCAGCAGUCUUCAACAGCUUUGUCCUCAAAACGGGAGUAAUUCAGGGAUUACCAAUCUCGAUCUGAGCACCCCUGAUGCGUUUGAUAACAAUUACUUCACGAACCUUCAGAGAAACAAUGGUCUUCUUCAGUCGGACCAAGAACUGUUCUCUGACACCGGCUCAGCCACCAUCCCGAUUGUAACUUCCUUUGCAAGUAACCAAACUCUGUUUUUCGAGGCGUUUGUUCAGUCGAUGAUCAAAAUGGGGAAUAUUAGUCCGUUAACUGGGAAUAGUGGAGAGAUUAGACUAGAUUGUAAAGUGGUUAAUGGACAGUCAUCCACGGCUGAAGCAGAGGACAUUCAGUUGCAAUCUGGCUCCGUUGAAGGAGGAGCGAGUUUAGCAGAUAUGUGA